CAAGGAGCUGUAGUUGGAAUGGCACAUGGACCCAAAAUAAAUUGCCAAGUAGUAAAUUCCCAGGUAGUUCUCCACUAUAUUGAGGUUGGCAGAGGUACGUCGGAGACUAUGAUAGCCGCCACAGUAACUCAGCUAGUGUCCUCGAUGAUCAAGAAAGCUGGUACAGACAUCCUGGAACCCAUCAUGGACUUGGAAAUUCUCACCCCUGACGAAUAUCUAUCACCAGUUUUGGCUGAUUUAUCCAGAAGAAGGGCUACUAUAAGAGAUGUUGGAAUGCGGAAGAACACUAAAGUUGUUUUAACAGAGGCUCCUCUUUCUGAGUUAAUGGGUUACUCGACAGUUCUGAGGACUGUAUCUUCUGGAACUGCUUCUUUCUCUAUGGAAUUCAACAGCUAUAAAAAAAUGUCAGCAGACUUGGAAAUUAUUGCAAUUCAGAAUGUGAGAGGAUUUUAAUGUUAAAUAAUACUUACCCCUGCCAUGGAAAAUAUGCUUUUAUAUUAUUUGUUGAUCAUCAAAGAUAUUGAGAAGGCUGUGCGAAUUAAACGAAUAUCGUUAGUA